AUUGCUGCUCUUAUCGCAUUCUUAACUCUGAAGAAACACAAAUUUGGAAAAUUUUUCCCCAUCUCAAUAUUACUUAUGGGGGUGAUAACUCCGGCAAUGACAGGUAUAGUGAGCAGUGCAGCUAUUGCAUUCGUCUACAGAGCAUCAAGUUUACCAAUGAACCCAUUGUAUGCACUUUUUUGGGGUUGUGGUCAAACUUUUUUAACAGGGUGUAUGGGUUUUACGAGGAUUCUGGCAACACUGUAGCUUCUCUACAAGAGAACUCAUAAUACGAGUUAUUUUUUUUUAUAAAUAAAUGUGAUGGUGCGAUAAGCAUAUGUAUAGCUAUGUUAACAAUAUGGAGGUUUUGUUAUAUACAACGUUUGUUAUGUAUAAAUCACACAUGUUAGACUAUUGUUUUGUAAAUAUUGUGCACUGUACAAAUUUUAGAAUAAGAUGAGUCAUAACGCCUAAGUCAAUAUUGUAUUUUUACUUUCAAUUCAAAAAUAUACGGCAAUAUAUAAUAA